ACCAUUGCACAUAAGUUUGAUAAUGUUUGCCCAAAUUAUAAUCAUAACUACAAAAAUAUAUUAAAACGACGAAAAUUAAUCUUGCAUUUUCUCCAUUAUAAUCAUAACCAUGAAAAAAUCUAAAACUCUCAUCUCUCACCUAUAAAUAUAGGACCAAUGCUCAAUACACUAAACACGAAAUAAAAAGGAAAAAAAAAUUGCUUAGUGUUGAAAAAGAAGAAGGAAAAAUGAGUAAAAAUGGCCUUAACUUAAUUAUGACUCUGCUGGUUUUAUCUAUUCUGGUUUCCCGAAUUGCACCUUCAACUUCUGAUGAUACACACCUAGGACAUGGGACACAAGCUACAAAAAGGCAGAUUAAUGAAGCAAAAUCAAUCCCAAGGGAAAGCAUUGGAAUGGAAAAACUAAAGGUCUUUCUUGGAAGAAUGAAUGUGGAGAUCGAUGAUUAUCCUGGCUCAGGACCAAAUAAUCGUCACGAUCCAAAUCAUCAAAACUGUUGUAAGAAUUAUAGAGGUCACUGUGUGAAAUAUUGUUAACUAAAGGUCUUUCUCGGAAGAAUGAACGUUGAGAUUGAUGAUUAUCCUGGCUCAGGACCAAAUAAUCGUCACGAUCCAA